AACUCUCCCAUAUGAUAGUGAUGCCAACAGUAACCAACGCGGCCACAGCUGAUUUGACAGUUCAUUAAUGACCUCCUGGAUGAUAUAGGUUGAUAUUUUACCACAGCGAAGCCACUACAAUUGAUCAAGACAUCUAAGAUAGUCUUCAUAGUAAGUUGGACGUGUAGACGACAAGUGAUGGAGCUUCAGGUUUAUAUAAUGAUGAUAAUAGCCCUUUGUGAGGUGGUGAGAUGUAGGAGAAACAUUGAAGAGGAAGAUUACGGUGUCAAAUUUGCAACAGAUUGUGAAGUGUGUAAGUUGGUGGCCAAAGAGGUUAAUGAGAGACUGGUGGCCAAAGAUUCUUCAGGUGUCAUUGAAACCGGAUAUAAUAUUGAUGCCAAGAAGAAAAAGACAAAAUACAGUAAAUCUGAGUUGAGACUGGUGGAGACACUGGAAGAGGUGUGUGAGGGUAUGCUUGAGUAUCGUGUGCACAAGGAGCGGAAAGAUUCUACACGAUGGGCCAAAAAAAUGAGUCAGACCUUCGAGACCCUUCACAACCUCGUAAACAAAGGAGUGAAGGUAGACCUAGGGAUUCCUCAAGAGCUGUGGGAUGAACCAUCAGCAGAAGUAGCACAUCUCAAGACUCAGUGUGAGGGUUUCAUUGAGGAUUAUGAAGAUGACAUCAAUGAAUGGUAUUUUGGGGAACAGGCGACCAAUUUACAAGAAGCUGUUUGUCGGAAAGUUCUCAAGAAUAAGAAAUGCCUCACUGAACCCUUUGGGGAGAAUGUCAAGAGUGAUUCUGGUGACAACCACAAAGAAGAUACAGGAAAAAAUGGUAAAAGGAAGAAAGCAGAUGCAGAGAAAAGAAGCAAGAGUGAAUUAUAAUGGUGGGCUAACAUUAUGCUAUGUUGUGCGAUGGUCACAAAUUGUUGCAUUUGUAGUGGAUGAUUUUAAUGUAGUAAUUUCAUUGUUUGGGCUCAUGAUACUGAACCAAUUUUACCAGGUAGUACUAAACUACAUCACAUUGCGAGGACAGGUACCUAUACCUCAUGGCCGUGUACUGUAUACUCAUAAUCAUGGUAUUGUAUGGACCCAUAACAUCUUGCCAUAUUUGGAGCUUGUACUUCUCAGUAUUUUGUAUAGUACCUUAAUUGUUCAGUCUCGUCCUUAACAUAUUCUAUUAUUUUAUGCUUGGUAUUAAACCUUACAACUUUUUAAAACCAUAACCAUCUCAUAUUUCACCAUACUUAUCUGCACAUUAUUUCACAUAGUUACACAUCAUUUACCGUUUCAUUGUGGCAUAACUCUCCUGCCUCCAUCAUGCAGCUAUAGGACACCCAAAAAAAAAAUAUAGGUUAAAAUUUGGGCAAAGUAACCUUUAAAAAUAUAAAACACACCUGAGCAGCUAUGAAAGUAAAAAACAAUGUAAAAUCAGCAUAUGUUUUCCCUGUGUGGGGUUGCGAGUCAUCUAGCUGUACGAUUUCACUAUUUUGUUUUGCAAACACCCCCCGCACAAUAUAUAGUCAUCAUUACUACUGAGUAGACUAGAUUCCAUUUUUUCUUUUUCAUAUACUGUACACCAAUAUGUUGGGGGCCCCUGGCAACACCCAAUCACUCUAGGAGCAGAAUUGAUGCACUCACCAAGGUUGAAAUGUUAAAAGUUAGGCCUGCAGCAAUCUCCUAUAGACGAAAGUCAGGACUUGCACAGAAAAGGUUGAGAAUUCGGUGGUGCAGCACUUCUCUCUUCUUUUAAAGGUUACUGGUGCACACUCAGGUCACCCCAUUUCCACCCAGUUGUGAAUGGGUAAUCUAACUUUAUAGUUAAAGUGGAGGUGGUCUUGUGUGGUGCUCUCUCGUGUUCCAUAGGCUUACCGGUAGUCUAUAGUUUUGUAUCGGCACUGCUUGUAAUGCUCUCACUUUCAUGGUCUUGGUAAUGCAGCGAUGUAUCGGCUUCUGAUUACUAGAAAUAUUUUAAAUAAGAACAUGUAUGAAGAGUAAAAAUGUUCACUUGGCAAAGGAAGUACUGAACCUUAUUAACGAGAGAGUAAUAAGUUUUGGUCUGACACAGCACUUUGUUGGAUAAUAUGGAAGCAAAAUGGUUGCAAAUCACCAUGAAUAGAAUCAUCACAUUAUUUCUAUUUUGAACUACAUGAGCAGACAAAUCUACUUCAAGGUUUUUAGGUUUGCACCAUGUGCUUAAAACAUAAAAUACAGUACAGUACUUGGUUUAUUGUGUGAUUAUAUUUAUGAAACCUUUCUAAUGUGGGCCAUUAUGAAGUAUGAAGGUGAUGUAUGGUAGACAACUGAAUUAGACAUAAUAAUUUUCACUAAAGAGAUCCAUUGAUGGAGAAAGGAAAUUUCAGUGUCAUUCAUAUUGGCAAUUAGAAUACAGUACUGUACUGUAGAGUACUUUAUACUACUCUUGUGGAUGUGCUUCCAUAGAUGUGCAAGCUCAAUUGAUCUGCCAUUUGUUAUAAGCUAAUGUAUGUCGGGUGUUGUUUUUAUAUGUUGCCCUGCUAUCAGUAUUGAAAUUUCUUUUGUGUUGAUAUUUGUGGUAAGUUACAUCAGUCAUUUCAGGACUUGUGACUAGUUUAUUGCUUAGUUUCUACUUUAUUUGUGUUACAAAUUGUUUUAGUUCAUAAACUUGACUCCUGUUAUCUUAGUAUUUCAUAAUAUGAAUUUUUGUUGUUCUGACUGCAUACAGUUUUAGAUGUUUGUGUUAUUUAAAUUUCCUGAAUGAAGGUGAUUUAGGUGUAAAGAGUACAUGAUUUUUUAAUUAAAAUUUAGUAAUACUGUAAUGAAUAUUUUUAUAAUGUUUGAAUUUGUACUAUACAGUACCUUAUGUGUGGUGGAAUUUUCAUACUACUACUUACAAUAAAUGUUUGUAGUCUU